AUGAGAGAUAGUCACGCUGCUGCUGCCGCCGCUGCGGCUGGUGUUACUGGAGGAGGUAGUGGAGGGGGAAAUGGUAGUGAGGUCGAGACUGAUGAAGAUGCCGUUGUUGUACAGGCUAUUUUGAACACAUCACGAAUGCAGAACGAUAUUCUUCGUCGUCUUGAUACUGUCGAGGCUAUACAAAAGAUGAUUUUGGAAGAGUUGCGACGCGGUCAAGCUCAAGCAAGUGAACGUUUUAUCGAUAUUUUGGAUAAGCGUCAAAGAGAAGAGAUUGAUCGUCUGAUGAAUAUGGUUGCUAUGCUGAGAAUAUCAAACACAGGAGAUUCAUAUGGAAACUCGCAGCGCCCAGAUCUUCGCCCAGCUAUUGGAACAUCCGUAUCAUCCCUUAAUUAUACAACACCGCAAGCAUCUUUUACGAGAGCUGCUUCGCCCCGCUCGUUUUUUGGUGUAACUCCGUCAACGGAUACCAUCCAACAACCAGUCAUUUCUCAGCAGUUUGCUAAUCAUAUUAUAGAACAACAACUGCAGUUUGCUGCACAACAGCAACGUGCUAUGGCUUCAGUGUAUGGAUCACCACAGACAGCGCUAGUUUCUAGUGCAUUCAGUCAUCAUCAGGUGCCUGGAUUUUGUACCAGUGUACCUUUUCCAAUCCAACAAACAGCCUUAUUUCCAAAUGCAGUGACAACUCAUUUGCAACAGCAACCUUUAUUACAGCUCCCAGUUACUUCAUCAACUGUGACAGUUGUGUCGAAUACAUCGGCUGGUUUAACAAAGUCAUCUUCGACUGCAGCUCCAAUAACUUCAUCUAAGGCGGUCCCAUCUCAGCAGACGCAGUCACAAGCAAUUUUUGGAAAUCAAGCAAAAACGAACACACCGUUCAUGUUUGGAGUACCUGUCAAGCAAGAAGUGUCAACUACUGCAGCAUCCGCUACAGUUACAACCGCUUCACUUCCGGCUAAACCGAUUCCUGCAGGAACUACGACGACUUACAGUACUCCUUUGAGCACAUUUGAAAAAUUAUUUUCUUCUACACCGAAAAAUAGUCAGGAGGCGGAAAAGAAGGAUGAAUGGGGAAGCAGUUUGAUGACACCAAAAAGCGCUGGUAGUGAAGCUUUAGUAAAAAAUGAAUCAACAGUUCGCCCGAAGAAAAUAAAGAGUGAUUUUGAAAUAAGAAAGCAUCUUAAAGGUGAUGAUGAUGAAGCACCAGAACACUUUGAGCCAUCUAUUCAUUUUGAACCCGUCGUUCCGCUGCCGGAACUUGUUGAACUAACAACGGGCGAGGAAAAUGAAGUGGUUAAAUUUGCUGGACGGUGCAGGUUGUUCCGAUUUGUUGACAAUGAAUACAAGGAACGAGGUAUCGGAAUGUUAAAAAUUCUAGAAAAUCCAAAAACAAAAAUAUCUCGCAUAGUUAUGCGCCGUGAUCAAGUUCAUAAGGUUUGUGCCAAUCAUACGAUUCAAUCGGCAAUGAAUCUAACACCAUUACAAAAAUCUGAUCGAGCGUUUGUUUGGCUUGCACAAGAUUUCGCGGAAGAAGAAAGGAUGGAGAAAUUUGCUGCUCGUUUUAAAACGGCUGAAAUUGCAAAAAAUUUUGAAGCUGCAUUCAACGCUGCUCGAGAUGCGGUUUCAUCAGCAGUAACAACAAUUAAUAUAGCAUCGGACGACAAGGAAAAGGGAAAAGAACUGAAAGGAAGUGAAGGAGGAAAGAGUGAUAGUGCAAAAGGCUUUGGUGAUGCGUUCAAACCACCAGCGGGAAGUUGGUCAUGCAGCGCUUGCUACCUAUUAAAUACAGUAAAUGCAACUGCUUGUGUAUGUUGUGGCAAAGCCAAAGAUGGUGGAAGUGAUUCCACAACUUCAGCUUCUUCGAUCUUCUCAAGCAAACCAACAUCGACAGUUGCGCCGAUUAAAGGUAGUAGUGGAAUCACUUUUGGUUUUCGCGCUGACAGCUCACCUGCAACCACUACAACUGCAAGCGUUACCACUACAACUGAAAGUGUUACCACCACAACUGCGACAUUUAACAGUGGGCUUCCUACAUUCAGUUUCAAGCCAACUACAACCGCAGCUGCAUCUGCAAAUGUUGCCACAACGACUGCUGCAUUUGGUAGCUUUACUACGCGACCCAUGACAACAACCACAAACACUACAAACUCUGUUUUUCGCUCGGUUGCGACUGCUGCAACAAUAAAUGCUUCGCCAGCGCCAAGUGUGCCUAAUUUCAGUUUUAAAUUUAGUCCAUCAAACUGUGCUACAUUCGGUGGUUCACCGUCUUUUGGGACGAAGCCAUCUUUCGCUACCACCACUUCGACCGAAACAGCAGCAGCAGCAGCAGAGAAUGCUGACGUAAGUGCGAAAUCAUCCCUGUUUGGUGGUUCUGCAUUUACUGGUGGGUCUGCCUUUGGGAAGUCGUCUUCCAGUGGUGGAUUUGCUGCAUUAGCGGCAAAAGCAAAAUCUGAAACGCCUUUAAAGCCUGCUGUAGGAAAUAAAGUUAUUACACCAUUUGCGGAUGGCAAAUUCAAUUCGUCGGUGAAUUCUAUUUUCUCCUCAAGCACUAAGCAAAAAUCUAUAUCCAAAGAGAAGAAUGAAGAGAAAGAAGAUAAUUCAGAUGAUGCUGAAGAGUUUGAGCCGAAUGCACAUUACGAACCUGUGAUUCCUUUACCGUCGCUUAUAGAAGUAAAAACCGGGGAGGAAGGUGAACAGGUGAUGUUCAAAGCUCGAGCGAAACUAUAUCGUUAUGUAGCUGAGACGAAAGAAUACAAAGAACGCGGAGUCGGUGAUAUCAAGAUUCUCUUCAAUCCUGAAACAAAGCGGUACCGCAUUGUUAUGCGACGAGAUCAAGUAUUCAAAGUCUGCGCUAAUACACCUAUAACGGAUAACUCAAAUAUUACGAAGAAAACGAACACCGACAAUGCAUGUAUGUGGAUGUGCAGGGAUUACUCGGAAAAAAAAGAAGGAACGAAUGAAUAUUUUGUUGCCAAAUUCAAGGAUGCGAGUUUAGCAGAUGAAUUUAUCCUUGCGUUUCAAAAUGCUGCGGCACGUAAAUUUCCUCCUCCGGAACAGAAGGACGCGUCUGCAGCAGGAGACGGCACUUUACCAAAAAUUUCUGAUGCUUGCAAGAAACUAGAGGCAUCUUUAAAUACUCCGCAGAAGCAAAAUCGAAGGCUCGAGAAGGACAGUGAACAAGUCGGUGAUAAAUCUGAAAAAGAUGGUGACAGUACUGAAGACUACUAUGAUGAUGGGGACUUUGAUGAUGAAUAUGAACUUUCCACACACAAAGUGAAAGCUACAAUAAGUGAAGCGUAUGCAUCUCCAUUGAAACCUAGCAAACCGAUCGAAUUCACUGGAUUUAUUACACUGCGAUUCAUAGGCAGUAGACACAUGAGAAUUGAUCUAUACAACGAUAAUGAAGAAACGCAGUGGUCACAUGUAAUCGAACUGGAAGACACUAUUUCCCAUCAGGAUAAGAAACAAAUUAAAUAUGUUGCCGUGGGCGAGAAAUCACAGAAUGAACAAGUAGUGUUGGAAUUCACGGAUGAAAUGGAAUGUGAAAGGACAUACUUUGAUCUCAAAGAGGGGAUACAUCUCUUGGAGGAACAUUCGGAUCAAGAAUAA